UCUUCAUCAUCAAUGUAAAUUUCCCCGAAACAAACCUUGCUUUUCCACGGAUUCUUCCCUCUUUCGCAUCUUCCUCAACGUUUGAAUAAAAUUCGUCUGUGAAUCGUUUCUGAUUUUGCUUUACCAAAUCGUGGCAAAGCAGAAACUCUAGAGACUCAACCGUCUACCACCUACCGGCCCAUCUUUCAAAAUCCCUUUUCCCCUAACUCCUUUUUUUUUUUUUUUUUUUUUAAUUUUCUGUUAUUUUUUUCCCGGGAAAUUUUAUCUCUUUAAUUUUAUUUUUUUUCUUGUCUCUGUCGUGAUCAUUACUUAUUAGCAUGAUCCUUUAUUAGGUUUCACUGGGUCCGAUCUCUCUUUUUUUUUCUUCCUUUUCUCUCUUCUCUUCGCAGACCCAAGUAAACCCUAGAAAUCUCCCCCUUUCACAAUUCGAUACUCUUUCUUCACGUCUAAGCUUUAAUUAAUUCAAACUACGUCUAGGGUUUACUGGGUCUACUUUGAAUCUUUCCUUUUCUUCCCGGCGAAAAAGUUUGUGUCUUUGGCUCAUCUAAUCUAAUCAUGGCGUAUCAUUCGAUUCCGGGCUCUGGGUUUCACUACUCGAAUUCCCCCUUUGGCGACACAACCUACACCAAGGUCUUUGUUGGUGGCCUUGCCUGGGAGACUCAAAGCGACACUCUUCGUCGCCAUUUCGAGCCCUUUGGUGAUAUCCUCGAGGCCGUCGUUAUCACCGAUAAGAACACUGCUCGAUCCAAAGGUUACGGUUUUGUGACUUUCCGAGAUCCAGAGGCUGCUAGGAGAGCCUGUGUCGAUGCAACACCUAUUAUAGAUGGCAGACGUGCUAAUUGUAAUCUUGCUUCCCUUGGGAGACCUCGCCUUCCUAUGCACUAUGCGAUGAUACCCAAUCUCCCUGGACGGAUAAGACCUCCAUCCCCAUAUGUUGGAACUGUGCAGGGUCCUCGCGGUUCACUCUUUGGAAGCCAUCCGUAUCAGCAACCAUCUGCUUAUAGCUACCAGCAAGGAACGAUGUACCCUUACGGGGUUACACCAUAUGGACCUGAAUACAUGUACUCACAGUCUCAGGGCUUAUAUGGUCCUUACACAGGGCAACAGUACCUUCAGGUUUAUGGAGUACCUGGUGCAGUUAACUCACCUGGCUACCAAUACGGACAACUGAGUCAGAAUAUCCCCGGUUACACAGCUAUACAGGGGUAUUCAGUUCCAGGAAGUCAUAUUCAAUCACCUUACCCUUCAGCUAUAGCAGGUCCCUCACCAACGCAGUCCCAUGUCAUUGUCCAGACUCCUCAGCAUAUGCAGAGUAGCGGUUCUGAUCAAACAACAGGGUGAAAGCUAGAUGGACUUUUCAAUCAUUGAAGAUCGUAGAAGGGGAAGAAGUAGCUACUCUGAGUAGUGGCAGGGUUCCUGUUUAAGCUUUGCGCAGUAUUUAAUUUUAUCAUAUUAAGGUCGUAAGUAAAGUAGUAUUGCUCGCUGAAGAAGUCAAAAAGGGUAAAGGACAAUGGAAGUUUCAGGGUUGGUGCUUCUGUAGUCCCUCGUCAUAUAUAUAUACGAAUGGUUUCACACUGGAGACAUGGGUUCCCGCUGGAAACUAGUAGAAAUACGCAUGGUGUACAAAGAAAAAGCAUAUAUAUAUAUACUAGUAAAAAAAAAAAAAGAAACAAAUACAGAUGCAUAUAGAAUGGUGGAAUCAAAAUCUGAUUCUUUUGGGUAGUUUUAAGUAGUCUUCUUACUAUACACUUUCUUAAGGUAUAGGAGUGUUAGUAACAAGACUGUUAGGUAGCUUUCUGUGUCCUCUUGAGUCGAGUCCCCUGCAUUGUAAAUAAAAGUACGUCUAUUCAGCUCACUUAGCUUCUGGUCUGUGCAUAAAUUUUAGCUCCAGGGACUCUUUUCUUUUCCAUGUUUGUACAGUUUCUAGACUGAUACCAUUGUUAUUUCAGGAUCUUUCUUAUUGUUUCAGUCUUUGACUCCCA